AGUUCAAAUCUCGGUAGAACCUAACUUUAUGAUUAUUUUCUGUUGAACAUACUCUUGAAACGUUACGUAAACUACAGUGUGUUUCUAUUUUUAUAUACCUAUACAUAUUGUUGCUACUCGGAAGCAUGAAAUACCUACAUAUAAAACUGCUCUGUAGCUUAGCAGCAGCAGCAGCAGCUAGCUCGUCCUAAUACAUUCAUGGCUACAUUGACGAAUACCAGUUCACUUGCUGUUACGAAAUCAGUCCAACAUGGCGGCGCCCAUAGCACGAAGUUGGUGUUAUUUUCUCUGUCGUAGUGAAGGAGCAAACAUGAUUCCACACCAUAUAAAACUGAGGGAUGUCGUAUUAAGAGACAUUAACAACACUUUACACCUGCGUGUUGCUUACGGGACCAGAGGAACAGACACCACAGAGGAUUCCCCAGUGCAUAUUCCAGUGGAACGCCUGAAGGUAUCCUACAGCAGAAGCAGUGGGCCUGGUGGUCAGAAUGUAAAUAAAGUCAGCACAAAAGCAGAGGUCCGAUUCCAUGUGCAAACAGCAGACUGGAUCCCAGAAGAUGUUCGACAGAAAAUCUUUGAAAAGAACCAAAACCGCAUCAAUAAGGCCGGGCAGCUGCUGGUGACCUCAGAGCUGAGCAGGAGUCAGCACAGAAACCUCUCUGAUUGCAUACAGAAGAUUUCUGCCAUCAUAGCUGAGGCCAGCGAGAAGCCACAUGAACCAACAGCAGAGGAUGUAGCUCUCAGGGCUGCCAGGUUAGAGAGGCGGGACAAGGAGCGACUCAAAGAGAAAAAGAUCCAUUCAGCUACCAAGAAGAGCAGACGAGUGGAUUUUGACUAAUUAUGAACUUUUAUAUUUCUACCGCGCUUUUGUAAAUACUGAUAUGUCUUGUAAUAAAAUAAUGAAGAAUUAA